AAUACCAGGGGCCCUCAAACCUGCCGCGCUCGCCGCAGAGUCCAAGCACCACCCGCCUAUUUCUUGACGCCAAGACGCCGCGCCAAUGGCAACUUGGCGCCGUGACGACACCGGACGCUCACAGCCCGUGCACAGCAUAGCUUCCUACGGUUGCAUUUACGCAUGCUCAAUCCGCACCGACGACCGCCGCCGCCGAGCCCCCGCGUCGAUGACGGCUACCUCGCCUGCUACGGCAUCGUCGUCGCCUGCGUGUCGCUGCUCCUGCUCACCAUCCUCGCCGCCACGGUCAACAUAGUAAAGGCGUGCGCUCUCGCCGGCGCGGUCGCGGUGGUGUUCGGUGCCUUCGGCUGCGUCGCCCGGUGGUGCGCGGAUGAUGGAGCGGCGCCAGCGCUGUCAACGACCGUGACACCGGCGGCGCGCGCCAGCGCGACUUGCGGGAUGGUGGACGCGGCGAUCAACGCGCUGCCGGCGUUCGCGUACGCGCGCCCUGGCACGGUCGGCUCGGAGGGCGGCAGCAGCAGCAAGCCCAGUAGGCACCGGCUGUGCGCCGUGUGCCUGGAGGAAAUCGAGUCCGGCGAGAUGGUGCGGCAACUGCCGGCGUGCAGGCACCUGUUCCAUGUGGAGUGCAUCGACAUGUGGUUGCACUCGCACUCGACUUGCCCCCUGUGCCGGUGCGACGUCUCGCCGCAGCAAGUCGAUGUGAAGCCCACAGCGGCGGCAGCGCCAGAUGAUACGUUGCCGCCAGUGUGAGUUCAUGAUCAGAGUAGUGAAUCUUGUCAUGGUACAACCAAAGAACGUCAUGUUGCACCAGUCCUACAGUUGUUUUUUUUUUCUUUCCUUAAAGCAGAUUUUUUUUGGCAAAAAAUUAGUAAAUGGCCUUCUUAGAAAUUGAGUUCUGAUAGUAAUGUGCAAAAAGCAUAUUCAUCCAA